AUGGCCACGUUCUCCGCAGUAACUUUGACACAUAACUCAAAGAAGAAAUGGUAUUGUGCGGAUUGGGAUUGGGAUUAUCAGAUUGGAUAUAUGGGAUGGGAAUUGGAAUUGGGAUGGUUAGAUGGGUGUGGACUAUGGAUGAGGAGUGUGUAUUGGGAAAUUGGGAUUUUAGGCUAA